CAAAUAAGAUAGAGCCAUAAUAAGGCGAAGUUUAUCUUGUUUCCUCCACUCCCUUUUCUCACUGUAUUACUAAGACUUGGAACAAUAACAGGAUGCCGGGAUGCAGGAUGGGAAAAGGCUGACUCCCAGCUGGAAAACCUUGGAGACUGGAGAGCUGAACACUCCCAGUAUUGCUUCACAAAAAGAGAAGUGGAUUUUUCUAUUUGAUCUUCGUUUUUUGUGUGUUCUGCUGCACAUUUUGGGAUACUGGUGCGUUUGGUUUGCCUGAUUUGGUACCAAACCAAAGCUCCMCCACCUCGGCCUCAGGCUGCAGAAGAAGAUGAGGCCCCUUAUUMUCCUUUUCUCGCUGUUCCUGGCUCUGGCAUUUGCUGGCUCAGGAAUUCAGAGACCAACCCCAAACCUUUGUGCAGAUGGUGGCAGUCACAAGCGCCAGAAGAGACACUGGAUAUGGAACCAGAUGCACAUCAGGGAAGAGAUUGAUUCGCCUUUGCCCCACCACGUUGGCAAGAUCAUGUCCAGCAUGAUCAGGAACAGCAGCGCCAAGUACAUCAUUGAGGGCGAGUAUGCCAACACCAUCUUCAAGGUGGAGGAGAGCAGYGGGGACGUGUACGCCUUCGAGAGGCUGGACAGGGAGAAGAAGGCAGAGUAUGAGCUGACAGCCCACAUCAUCGACAGGACAAACAACAAAUCCCUGGAGGACCCCUCCAUAUUCAUCAUCAAAGUGUACGACAUCAACGACAACAGCCCCGUGUUCGUGCAGAAGGUGUUCAACGGCUCUGUCCCCGAAAUGUCACCCGUAGGAACCUCAGUCACCAAGGUGACAGCAGUGGAUGSUGAUGACCCAACAGUGUCAGGCCAYGCCACGGUGAAAUACCAAAUCACCAAAGGACGUGAAAAUUUCACCAUUGACAACUCUGGUGUGAUUUACACAAAAGAGCCCAAUUUAGACAGAGAGACCAAAUCCACGUAUGAGGUUGUUGUUGAAGCCAAAGAUGGCCUGGGGUUUUUUGGGGAAUCCAGCACAGCCACAGUGAUCAUCACUUUGUCUGACAUCAACGACAACUUCCCCGUGUUCAAACACCCAUCAUUUCACUUUAAAGUUCCUGAAAACAUUUCAGUAGGAGGAGAAGUUGGCAGAGUUAAAGUAGAAGAUAUUGACGAACCACAACAUAGAAAUACAAGAUACAGCUUCAUCCAAGGAGAGUUCAGGGACACCUUUGACAUUGAAGCAAAUCCAUACACAAAUGAAGGAAUCAUUAGGCCAAAGAAGCCCCUGGACUUCGAAACAGUGGCAGAAUACAGGUUUAGCAUUGAAGCCACAGACCCCACCGUGAACCUGCGCCACUUCAAACCCGGCAACCCCCGGAGCAUCUCCACCGUCACCAUCCAGGUCACCGAYGUGGACGAGCCCCCCGUCUUCACCAAGCUCCCCUACGAAUUCAAAGUGAGGGAAAACCAUGCAGAAGUAARAACCCUGGGUUCAGUCCAUGCCGAGGACCCUGACGCAGCUAAACGGAAAAUCAGAUAUAUGCUACGGAGAGCAAGUCCUAACGGAGACUACAUCAGGGUAUCCAACACGGGAGUCAUUCAGCUKCCCAAGCCCCUGGACAGAGAAUUCAGCUCCUCAUACAACAUCACUGUAGCAGCUGUGGAGAUCCUUGAGGAUGACCGUCUUUCUGACAGAGAGUCCCAUGCUCACGUUCACGUCAUCGUCGAUGAUGUAAAUGAUAAUGCUCCAGAGCUUGUAUCUCCUGAGGAGCCCCGAGUGUGUGAAAAUGCUGCCCCAGGAAAGGUGAUCAUCAGGAUUUCGGCUGUUGACAGGGAUGAAACAUCACCCAGAGGUUUCUUCAGGUUCUUCCUGGACACAGAAGACAGCAACUUCUCCCUGGUUGAGAACUACGACAACACCGCUAACAUCACAGUCAAAUACGGGCAGUUCAACCGGGAACUCGCCAAAUUCCACUACCUGCCCRUCCUCAUCUCCGACAACGGCGACCCCGACCUCACCAGCACGAGCACUCUGGUCGUCAGCGUCUGCAAGUGCAACGAGAGAGGCGACUUCACCUUCUGUGAGGAGAGGGCCAAGCAGGUGGGAGUCAGCAUCCAGGCGCUGGUGGCGAUUUUUGUCUGCAUCUUAACAAUCAUYGUCAUUGUGCUGCUGAUUCUGCUGAGGAAGAGGCACAAGAAGGACCUGAGCGGGCUGGGCAGGAACGUGGCCGAGAUCCACGAGCAGCUGGUSACCUACGACGAGGAGGGAGGCGGCGAGAUGGACACCACCAGCUACGACGUGUCGGUGCUCAACUCGGUGCGCAAGAACGGCCUGAAGGCGGAGGCGGCCCCGUGUCCCUACGCUCAGGUGCAGAAACCCGCGGGGAGCGCGGCCCCCGGAGCCGGCGGCAUGGAGAUGAUGAUCGAGGUGAAGAAGGACGAGGCUGACAACGACAGGGACCUGCUGCCCUACGACACCCUGCACAUCUAUGGCUACGAGGGGGCCGAGUCCAUCGCYGAGUCCCUGAGCUCCCUGGGCUCGGGCUCCUCGGACUCAGACAUUGACUAUGACUUUCUAAAUGACUGGGGGCCCCGAUUCAAGAUGCUGGCUGAGCUCUAUGGGUCAGAACCAAGCCAAGAGUUUGUGUAUUAAGUUCAAGCCAGCCRUGAAUUUUCUCCCUCCCGCUACAAAUAGACACUGAGAGACUGCCAGGGGCCAGAGAGGAACUCCCAGCUCUUCCCUCAAGCCAUAGUAGGAUUUCAAAAAGCAUGGAAAAGACCUGCAGUAGGGUUACAAAGACACACAGAGACCAUCUCUAUCAACUCCCACCACUGGCCUUGCUAACACUCAAUUUUUCCCCAGAAGUGCUGCUCAGGGACCUGCUCCAGCUUUCCAGGACACACCUCCUCUCUCCACCUYCCCCACUGCUCCUGAGUUUGUCCCCAGGGUCUCCUUCAUUCCUCUCCUCCUGGGCUAUUUCCAUCCACAUGAUCCAAGGUCACCCUCCACCAGGACAGACAGGUUCAGURGCAUUGGGAAGGGAUGUUCUAACCCCCUGGAUCUCCAGCUGGAUGCUUUGCCUCCCCUCUUGUAACAUCUUUAUUGAUAUUCCACCCUUAUGCUCACCCAGCAGAGGAGAGGAGGAACAUAUGGUCUAUCACUUAAUAUUAGAAAUUAUUCCAUCACUUUCAAAAAAAAGCAUUAUUUUUUUCCUACUUUCCAUUCUAUUWUUUUUUUUUUUGCUUUAUAGCCUUCUACUACAUCUAUAAGCUACUCAAGAUAAAAUUAGAUAGGAUUUUUAGCCACACAAUCUGGUUUCAUCUGUUGUUUUUAACAGCCUGAUGAAGAUUUCAGGCACAUUUCUGGCRUGCUAGAAUUUGCUCUAGCUAGCAGCAAAAUUGUUUUUUUUCUCUCUCUGUAAAUAGGAUCUCAGUGUUACUCAAUAGAACAUCUCCUGCAGGGCAGGAAAUGUGGAGAUCAGGGGAAUGUUAAGACUCCACCACUGUAAAUCUCCCUAGAUGGAAAYGCAGGUCUCUCUAGAUUCCUAAAGAGGUUGAACAGGGAGUUUAUUCAGCAKUAUUAAAGCAAUAACAUUUUUUCAGGGACAAAAAAAUGAAGGGCCUCAUUACUGUGAAACUGUUGUGCUUUGUUUCUAAGCAGGUACUGUAAAAAAAGAGUAUUUUCCACCUGGGAAAAGACURUAGGCUCCCAAACCAGAAGGCUGCACACCCACACACUUGGCUGCAUGAAAGCAGCGUAAAUGCAAGGAAGGUUUGGAGCUGCAGCCACCGCAUCCCUGGCCAGGGUGUGUUCGGUUUCCCACCUGAUGAAGAGCCAYAGAAUGACCAGAAUGACAUUUCCCACAUGGAAUUUACCCAGCCAAACCAGUUUUGGGAAAAGUUUGUCCCUUCGGACCAUGGCCUGUCUCUGGCUCCCAGCAGUGYAGAGUCCUGCUGCCUCCAAGAGGAACAGAGCCCUACUACACAGAUCCUCCCCCGUGCAGGACCUGUGCUGGAGCUGUAUGUAUUAGUUUAGUUCAUCUGAUUAUUUAAAUUUGGUAGCUAACCAAAUAAUACUAAACCUUUUUUGUUGUUUUUUUUUUUUUUUCUCCUAAACCAGCAUGGUGGAACCUCCCAAAUUUGCUUUUCACUUGUUCAUAUCAUCUCUAAUUUACACUYCCUUGCCCCCAAAUGCUUUUUUGGCAACAAAUAGCAAUGAACAAUAAUGGUCUCACAUUCUUCCUCACUGCUGGAAAAAGUUGUCCAAUGCAAUAUUUGGUUGGACACAAAUGCAACAGCAACAGUGGAAUCACUCACAUUUUCAAAAAUGGACUAAAGGAAAUCUGAGGAAAAUACUGCCAUUGGUCAAAUAAGCUUUGGAUCCCACCCUUCAUUUUUUUUAAAAAAGUACAUUUUGGGAUGACAGCCUUGGUUUUAUUUUGAAUGAGCUCAUUACCCUUUGCUUAACCCAGUCAGCAGUAUGUGCCAUAGGGGUUCCACAUGUUAGAGUAUUAUAAAGAAUGCUAACUAAUAGUACUCACAGUUUAAAGAUUUUGUCAGUACCUGUGGUGUUGACUAUAGGCAGGUAAGGUUAGUUAUUAUUUAGUGCAGUCGGUCAAGUUCUUUGGUAKGCAUCAGUCAGGUUGUAUUGCCUGGAACUGCUGUUUUUAACCCUGAUUUUAUAAAGCUAUUUUAAGGAAUGCUGUAUCCAUUUCCAAUGUAUAUGAUGUUUGCACUGGAYGGUUUCUUUUUAUAUUUCUGUACUGUAUUAUGUUGUUUUUUACUACAUAAAAUCCGACCUCAAA